AUGUGUAACAUCAAAAAGAAUAGUGGAAUAGCUGCAGUGUUGCGGAAGAGUUCUAUAAUAAUUUGGGAUGAGUGCACAAAGGCACACAAAUAUUCACUUGAAGCACUAAACAGAACUAUGCAAGAUUUAAACAGCAAUAAUAAACUUUACGGUGGUGCUAUCUUACUUUUGUCUGGUGACUUCCGGCAGACCUUACCGAGUAUUUUCCCGGAUAUACAGAAUAAUUAUUUGAAUCAUGAAUGGCUUAGUCAACGGGCGAUUUUGGCAGCCAAAAACGUUGACGUUGACGAAAUUAACUUCCAGAUACAACAGUUGUUACCAGGCGAUCUGAUGUCAUUUAAAUCAAUCGAUACUGUUGUUGACGAAAAUGAAAGUGUACAUUUUUCGAUUGAAUUUUUAAAUUCAUUAGAUAUCCCUGGAAUGCCACCACAUAAUCUUCGAUUAAAGAUUGGUUCCCCUAUUAUUCUCCUCCGUAAUUUGAAGCUAACUCAAUUAUGUAACGGUACGCGUUUGGUCAUCAAAAAGAUUACCGGAAACAUUCUUGAAACAACCAUUUUGUCUGGGAAGUUUAAAGGAAAAGUGGUCCUGCUGCCACGUAUUCCGAUGAUACCAUCAGAUUCUACCAUACCCUUCAAAAGGCUACAGUUUCCAAUUCGUUUAGCUUUCGCCAUGUCUAUAAAUAAAUCUCAAGGUCAAACAAUGUCCAUUUGUGGUUUUGAUUUGGAAAAUCCAUGUUUUUCUCAUGGGCAACUAUAUGUUGCGUGUUCACGUGUUGGGAAACCGUCGAAUCUAUUUGUGUUAGCUAAAGACAGGUUAACCAAAAGCAUUGUGCACCGAUUGGUGUUAAAUUAA